AUGGCGCCUCGGAAUCGUCCGAAACCCCGGAUCACCUGGUGGAUGCGCCUGCGGAGAUUCUUCUACAAUCUCGAGUCACCUCUCCAGCUUCGGGGUACCCUCACGCGUCUCAGUCACCGGCACAGACACCCUUUCCUAGCCCUGCUCCGUCUAUUGCUCCCGUUACCGACAUGGCACUUCCGCCUCCCCGACCCGGUGCCCAUCAAAACCAUGCUGAACAAUGUCGCGCUUCUGCAGUCCCGGAAGGCGGCUGCUGAUCUCACCAACAUGCGCUCUGUACCAUUGUGGCGUGCUCGAGACACGCCCCUGCGUGCUUUAUAUCGGAUAUAUGAAGCUGUGGCUGCGCGUGAGUUCUAUGCUGUGGGAUCGGAAGUAGAGUACUUCUGGUACCAGUCGGGCGGGGCUUGGGCAGCGCAUCGGAUACCAGAUCCCUGUGAUGUUGACCCCGUGCGGUAUGCCAUUUUGGCGUGUAUCGCGGAGGAACUAGCGCGAGCAUUCAACUGGCGCAUGAGCUUGGGCUUGCGACGCGAUAAAAGCAAGCACAUAUAUCGGAAAACCUUCGAGGACCCUCUGCCGUCUUUCACCCCGGAGACUGCCCCGAGCUGGACUAGGAGGGUGGCUCCGAUCGAUGUGGAGUGGAUCGCCAACCUUCCAGCGAAUUUCCUAGACUCUGCAGGCCGGCUCGUGCUCGAAGAAGGGGGUGAGAAUCCCAUCUUCGCGCAGAGGAAUAUUAUCAUCGACACCGGCCACUUCUACACUGUCUAG